AUGGAAGAAGAGAAGUAUAUUUUCCAACUCCCUUAUUGGGAAUUCAAUUUGUUGCGCCACAACCUUGAUGUCAUGCAUAUUGAAAAAAAUGUUUUUGACAAUGUGUUGUUUACUUUGCUAAAUGACUCUGCAAGAUCAAAAGAUAAUCUAAAUGCUCGAAUGGAUUUAGUGUCAAUGGGUAUAAGAGAUGACCUUUGGCCUAAUGAAAAUGGAAAAUACUCUCCAAGUUGUUUUACAAUGACAAAUAUAGAAAAAGAUGUAUUUCUUGCAACACUAAAGAGUGUAUUACUGCCAGAUGGUUACUCAAGUAAUAUUUCAAGAUGUGUUGAUUUGAAGAAUCGCAAGAUACAUGGAUUGAAAAGUCAUGAUUGUCACAUUCUUAUGGAACAUCUAUUGCCAAUUGCCAUACGUAAUCUAUUACCAGAUCAAGUUUGUAUGGUUUUGGUAGAAUUGGGUUCUUUUUUCAGACAAAUAUGUAGUAGAGUAUUAAAUGUCAAAGAGCUUGAUAACCUUCAAAGUCGACUUGUGCUAACAUUAUGCCAUAUGGAAAUGAUAUUUCCACCAUCAUUUUUCACAGUAAUGGUGCAUUUAGUUGUUCACCUUGUUGAUGAGGUUAAGCUUGGAGGUCCUGUUCCAUACCGAUGGAUGUACAGCAUUGAGAGGUACUUAGGACAUUUAAAGUCUUUUGUACGCAACCGAGCAAACCCAGAAGGUUCAAUAGCUGAAGGUUAUAUUGCUGAAGAAUCAAUAUCUUCAAACAAAUUGGUCGACCAGUAG